AUGAGUUCAGCACUUCUUCAAAACGAAAUACAGUACUGCUUUGAGAAUAUUAAUGGAUCCUGCCAUAAAACUCCAUGGCCUUUGGGAAUCCGGUCUACUUUGUAUGCUGUACUUGGUUUUCUGACUUUUCUUACUCUGAGUGGGAAUUUCAUGGUCAUGAUAGUAAUUGCUUAUUUCAAACAGCUUCACUCUCCUACAAAUUUUUUAGUUGCCUCCUUGGCCUGUGCUGACUUUUGCUUGGGUUUGACAGUGCUGCCCUUCAGCACUAUAAGAUCUGUUGAGACCUGUUGGUACUUUGGGGAAACUUUCUGUAGAGUCCACAGUUGCUUAGAUGCAUCUUUUUGUUAUGCAUCAAUAUUUCAUUUAUGUUUCAUGUCCAUCGAUCGGUAUGUUGCUGUUACCGACCCUUUAGUCUACCCCAUGAAGUUCACAGCGCCAGUUUCAAGAAUGUUCAUAGCUGUUGCCUGGACAUUUUCAAUAGUGUACAGUUUUUCUGUAGUUUUUAGUAGGGCUAAUGAUGAAGGGCUACAGGAAUUAGUGCAAGCUUUAGCCUGUGUAGGGAACUGUGAGCUUGUUUUCAAUAAGACCUGGGUGUUGAUAACUUCUCUCCUUUACUUUAUACCGUUCUUUACCAUGAUAGCACUGUACAGCAGGAUCUUUAGUGUGGCUAAAAGACAAGCUAGAAUGAUAGAGAGUGUGAGCAAGAAAACACAAUCCUCUGAUAAUUAUAUUGCCAGAGUUAACAGAAAAGAGAGAAAAGCUGCUACAACAUUGGGCAUAGCUGGAAUUGCUUUCCUUUUAUUCUGGUCACCUUUUUUUGUAACUGUAAUUAUUGAUGCCUUCUUUAACUUCAUAACUCCUCCCCUUGUCUUUGAUAUUAUGAUUUGGUUAACCUAUGCUAACUCUGCCAUGAAUCCUUUAAUUUACUCUCUUUUUUAUCCUUGGUUUCGAAAAGCAGUGAAGGUGAUUGUGAGCUGUAGGAUCCUGAGGCAGGAUUGUUCAACAAUGAAUUUACUUCAGAAAUGA